AUGACUUCUUCACUGCCUCUCCAACCACUCGCAACUUAUGCUGAGGAUCCCCACUCUGGUCCGGACAGUAACCCGUUAUCCACUCUGAAUCUCACAAUUCUCAAGAGUCUCUCAGACAAGAAAACGAGAGAUGGUCAACCACCUAAACGACGUGGCCCCAAGCCGGACAGCAAGCCAGCACUCACACGACGCCAAGAGCUGAACAGGCAGGCACAACGAACACACCGCGAACGAAAAGAGCUAUACAUCAAAGCCCUUGAAGAUGAAGUUCUGCGUCUCAAGGAGAUCUUCGGGACCAUCUCACAAGACAAGGAGCGUCUCGCCGAAGAGAACCGGCGGCUGAAAGCUAAGCUAGCCCAGAACGACGCGGCCGGCGAUCCAAUUGCUGCCGACACAAACUUCUUUGACCAAAUGGUUAGCAGUCCAAGCGGGCCGAGCCCUGGAUACACUUCCAGCUCUAGCAUGCUGGGAAGCGAAAGCUAUCUACCGGGGGGGUUAUCCAGCCAAACCACCUUCCCAUCACCACCUUCAUCUACGACGACGACCUCGCCGGUUUACCGUCCACCCCUCGGGGGACCGAGAGAUUUCAACACCGUUUUAGGAGAUGGCGCAGGUGUUCUGGUAUCAAAGAGGGACCCAGAUUUGGAUUAUGAUCAAGCCGGUAUUGACUUUGUGUUAACACUCGAGCGCCCAUGCAUGGAACACAUGACAUGGCUCCUAGAACGAGGAACCGGCACCGAAGACAGAGCGCAGCGAGAGCCCUGCGGCCACGCGCUCAUGGCUUCCUGUCCACCCGAGCCCUUCUCCGAGCUAUCGCCAGAGAGCCCUUUCGGGCACACCAACACCAUUCACGGUCACGGUCACGGUCACCCCCCGAUGCCUACUAGCAUUAGCGGUGGUGGUCAGCGCACAUGGGAACUCAGCAAAGCCGACCUGGCUACGCUGCUCGACUUAAGCAAGCGGCUAGAUCUCGACGGGGAGAUCACUCCUGUCAUGGCUUGGGGGAUGGUCCUCGCUCAUCCGCGGCUUGCCGAGUUGCAACUGGAGGACUUUGCGCGGUUGACAGAGGAGUUGGGGAGCAAGGUUCGGUGUUACGGGUAG